CAGAGAUGGGUCAGUGUUCAUAGCUUUGGUUGCUGUUAAGCAAUCAGCGCUUGUCAACACCAUCUCCUGACAUCCGUUACGUUCUUCCAAAUGGCAGUACCAAAGGGCAGAUGUGGGGCUGCUUGGCAGGAACUGUUCUUGCACUAGAAAUAUUCCAGGUCUAAUAGGAUCUGGAUCUGAUCCUUGUGCAAGAGAAGUAGCUUUAUCUGUUGAUCGGGUGAUAUAUUUGUGAAUCGCCAGAAGAUGGGUUUCUGUGACCUGCUGGGCUGCUGAUCAAGUCUUACUGGCAUCUUUCUCCUUUUCCUUUAUCUCUGAACAAGGAUUUUUUUGACCUGCAUUGUGCUUUACUACAGUGAAGAGUAUUUUUCCCUGCAAGACACUUUGCAUUAAAGGAUCAUGGUAGACAGUUUAAUAGUUUCUUUGAGACUUCUCAGUUCACUAGUAGUGCUGGGAUUUCAGUUUGUCAUCCCACAGCCUUCAAUUGAACACAGAAAGGUUCCCCAGAGGAUAGAAGAGCAAAGCGAUGCCUCUGAAGAUAGCAGUGCAGGAAUCCCAGGCAUGUGGGGAAGUUGGGGCCCCUGGUCUGCCUGCUCUAGGAGCUGCAGUGGCGGUGUGAUGGAGCAAACACGGCCCUGCCUCCCAGCAUAUUACCGCGAAAGGGGCUACCGACGGCCAGGGCGGCAGUACCCGGUCUCGGAGAGAACUCUGCCCCAUCAGAAUCCCCGUCAUCGCGAGGACUCACUGACUGCUUAUCCUGGCCAUGUCAUUUCUGCCAUCCGUACGUCUGUGCCGCUUCACAGGAAUGAAGAGCAGCAGCUUUGGGCUGGCCUUCAGGCCUCUGUUUCUUCAGGAGGCCACAAUACCAGCCAUCUGAGCAGGGGAGCUCUGAGAGGCAGCCGGCAUUCUCAGUCGCAGAGGCAUAACACCAAGGCAGAAAAGAGAAGCAGAAACAGAAAUCCUAUUGGUCCAGGAAAGUAUGGAUAUGGAAAAGUGCCAUACAUUUUGCCUUUACAAACUGAUACUGGUCAGCAGCCGCAGAAACUUCGGAGGCAGCGACAGUCAUCGAGGAACCAUGCGUUUCAUCAAAGUCCAAGUCUCAUGAACUCUUACAGCCAGUCAGCUAGCCCUUCACUUCAACAUGGGAAUCUUUAUCAAGAAGGUGGGCCUCAAGCUGGACACCAAGUCCUGGGACCCUCAGUUUAUCAGUCAUCUUCAUUUCCAGUCUCUCAAAACUUGUUUCAUAGCAGUGACUCAAGCCAUCAUGGGUCUGCAUCCCAUCAGGCAGUCCAGGGUCAGCCCCAGCCUCAAAGGGCUGCAGCUAUUGUAUGCAUUGGCACCUACAAGCAAUAUAAACUCUGCAACACAAAUAUGUGUCCUGAAAGCAGCAGAAAUAUUAGAGAGGUGCAGUGUGCAUCAUACAACAACAAGCCAUUUAUGGGUCGAUUUUAUGAAUGGGAACCUUUUGCAGAAGUGAAGGGAAGUCAGAAGUGUGAGCUGAAUUGCCGUGCCAUAGGCUACCGAUUCUACGUGAGACAAGCUGAAAAAGUGAUAGAUGGGACACCCUGUGACCAAAACGGAACUUCAAUCUGCGUGGCAGGGCAGUGCAAGAGCAUUGGCUGUGAUGACUAUCUGGGUUCAGACAAGGUGAUUGACAAGUGUGGAAUAUGUGGAGGGGACAACACCGCUUGCAAGGUUGUGUCUGGAGUUUUCAAACACACGCUAACAAAUCUUGGCUAUCACAAGAUAGUGGAAAUUCCUGAAGGAGCUACUAAAAUCAACAUUACCGAGAUGUCAAAGAGCAACAACUAUUUGGCAUUGCGGAGUCGAUCAGGACGGUCCAUCAUCAAUGGAAACUGGGCAAUUGAUCGACCUGGAAGAUAUGAAGGUGGUGGGACAAUGUUCACUUAUAAACGCCCAAAUGAAAUCUCCAGCACUGCAGGGGAGUCAUUUUUAGCUGAUGGUCCAACAAAUGAAGUCCUUGAUGUCUAUAUGAUACAUCAGCAGCCUAACCCAGGUAUACAUUAUGAGUAUAUCAUUCCAGGAGACAAUGUCAUUAGUCCUCAGUUGCUUGCUCACAGGAGGCCAGGAGAGCCCUUGAAUGGUCAGUUAGAAAUGCCAGAAAGUACAAAUCAUGAUGAUGAGGAUUUGCAUAGGGAGAUGGACACUCUUACUGGACAGGCAGCUGGAACUUUUCCAGUUAUUCAGCCAGGAAGAUUUCCUUCUCAUCAGCCAGAAAACCAGGUGCCUGCUGUGCAGCCACCAAGACAAAACCGAGAGCACAACUGGAAACAGAUUGGAAAAACUGAGUGUACCACUACAUGUGGGAAAGGGUCCCAGUACCCAAUUUUCCACUGUGUCAACAGGAUCACUCAUGUGGAGGUUCCUGAGAGUUACUGUGACAGCAGCACCAAGCCUAUUCCAGAAGAGGAGGCCUGCAACCUCUUCCCAUGUCCAGCUUUCUGGGAUAUAGGGGAGUGGUCUGAGUGCAGCAAAACAUGUGGCCUUGGUAUGCAGCAUCGACAGAUCUUAUGCAGACAAAUAUAUGCCAAUCGCACCUUGACAGUUCAGCAAUACCAUUGUCAUCACCUGGAGAAACCAGAGACAACCAGCACUUGCCAGCUGAAGAUCUGCAGUGAAUGGCAGAUUAGGACAGAAUGGACUUCAUGUUCAGUACCUUGUGGAGUGGGGCAGAGGACCCGAGAUGUGAAAUGUGUCAGCAACCUUGGAGACAUUGUUGAUGAUGAGGAAUGUAACAUGAAGCUGCGGCCAAAUGAUAUUGAGAACUGUGAUAUGGGACCCUGUGCUAAGAGCUGGUUCCUUACAGAAUGGAGUGACAGGUGUUCUGCAGAAUGUGGUGAUGGGGUCCGUACACGUUCAGUGGUUUGUAUGACCAACCAUGUCAGCAGUUUGCCUCUGGAAGGCUGUGGCAAUAACAGACCCUCUGAAACAACUCCCUGUAACAAUGGACCCUGCGCUGGUAAAGUGGAGUGGUUUGCUGGGAGCUGGACACAGUGCUCUAUUGAAUGUGGCAGUGGAACUCAACAAAGAGAAGUAAUUUGUGUUAGGAAAACUGAAGGCCAUUUUGAUGUUUUGAACCCCUAUGAAUGUUCAUAUUUGGAAAGACCUCCCAGCCAGCAAUCCUGCUACCUCAAACCGUGUGGAUCUAAGUGGUUUCAUACAGAAUGGAGCACAUGUUCCAAAUCCUGUGAAGGAGGAUUUAGAGUUCGAGAGGUACGAUGUCUAUCAGAUGACAUGACAACCAGUACUCAGUGUGAUCCACAGCUUAAACCUGAAGAAAAAGAACCAUGUAACACACAAGACUGUAUCCCUGAAAUAGAUGAGAACUGCAAAGAUAAAUACUACAAUUGCAAUGUGGUGGUUCAGGCCCGGCUUUGUGUCUACACCUAUUACAAAACAGCCUGUUGUGCAUCCUGUACGCGUGUGGCAAAUAGACAAUCAGGGUUUCUAGGACGCAGAUAACAAAUACUCUUCUCAAAGCAGCAAUGUCAGUCUUCAGAUGGAGCUUGAACAGUGUUACUGUUUUGACUACAGCAGGUUUUAGCUUCUUAAAGAGAUGGUUUUUGUAUUGCUGUGUACAUCAAGACACCACACCAUUUCAGUUACACUUAUUGUGCAGUUAUGUCUUUUUUAAAAAGUUUGUUGUAAAACCAUGAUCUUUUUAAAGCAUUAAUUUUUAAUGAUAAUAUUCUUUGCACCUGCUCAUCGGAUAAUUAUUUAAAAAAUAUACCAGCCUUACUAUUGUGAAAUUAUUGUUAAAAAAAAAAAUCAGUCAUACGCAAUUACUGGAGAUAUUUUACCAAUGUGGAUGCAACUGCUGCGUUAUUUUCUGAGUGCUUAACUCUUACUUGGUAUUUUGGACUGCCUUAAAGUAAUAGACCAAAUCAACGAAACAUGCACAUGACAAGCACUAUUUUACAGAGAAACCAGCCCCUUGAAGACUCAUUCAUGUUCAGUUUCUUAGCACACUAAUGUAUAUUUUUAAUUACUUCAUUCAUAAUAAAUUAUAGUAAUGGUUAAACUUUUUCACGUAUACUUUUAGCUAACUUCCUGUCCUCAGGUGGCAAAUAUAUGCACACUUGACUGCCAAAAUGUGCCUUCAUAUUUAAUUCAUAAACUCUUGAAGUUAUACUAUUCUACUGUAUGUUUUUUAAAAUACAUUACCUACCAGAGUGCCAUUAGUGCCUAACCAAUUAAGCCUUUAAUAACUAUAGCUGUCAGUGAGAUUUACCAGGAAGGCGAGGAGACUUUGCUGAUACUUAAAAAGAAAUACACAGAGUGAUUGUUUCCACUGGCAAGGUCUCUUUCCUGUAGGGCAGUUUUUCAGUGAAUUGAUAUCUUGCCUGAUGUCUUGUCUCUGCACUAUUUUUUAACAACUACCAUACAAAAGUAUUGUGUCCAGACCUUGUCUAGAUACAUCACCAGUUUCUGAAGCAACCACCAACAGAUGCAGACCUCUCUGCUUUAUAGUAGUCUGUUAUUCUUAGUGUCAGUAGUCUUUGUGAAUGUAGUAGCCAAGUAUUUAUAAGGAGAUCUUACCUGUUGAUGUUCUUCAGGUUUUGAUCACUUACUACCACGUAUUUGUCAUUUUUGCUUCAUUCCAUGUUUCACCCAUCAGAUCUUUUAAUACCACUCCCUUUAUACUACUCAAGAAUAGCUUUUCUUAGACCUAAAGUUAGGUGGUGAUUUUUCAUUUCUGCAAUUACUAGACUCAGCCUUAGGAUGUGCUGAAGGUAAAUAGAUCACGUUGUGCAAGGCAGAAGAAAGCUUUUGCGUUAUCUGCACAUUCUCUAGGUUUUACCUGUGAGGUCUUUCAAAUGUGUAAAUAAGGCUGAGGGAAGAAAGAAACACUUCUGCUCAUUCAACUGUUUAUUACAGCAUAUUGCUUUUAAGUUCAUGAUAUCCAACUGUGCAUCUAUUUCUAAGGUGCUUGCUGCCUGAAUUUAAAAGCAGCUUUAAUAAUGUAUGUUAAGCCACUCCCAGUGAUGCGGUAGUAGAGUGAUUAAUGUGUCCUGCUAAUGAUUAGAGGCAUGUUUGAACCUCAUUCUGGAUUUGUGCUAGAGCUCAUCCCAGAUGAUCCAUCUGUAAAUGUUCAUCUGUUUUUAUUUUGUUCUUACUGCUUGGAUGGAGACAAUGUGGAAGAGAGAAUGGGCCACAGGGAGGCAAAGGUUUCUGGGCAUGCUACUUACUAGUCACACCAGUUCAUGUACUGGAAGCUACAGGCACAGAAAGGUAGAACACCUCUAGUCUAAAAGCUGCCUUGGACUGAGACAAACCUUAGAUUUUUUGAUUCAGUCACUUACGAAGAAUGUAUUUCAGCCAUGAUGAACUGUAGUGUUUGGCUAAAUGAAAUUAAGAAGUGUUUCCCCUAAACUUUGAAGUAUUUGUGAUUAUAAACCAUUAAUGUUAUUGGCUGUUUCUGUAUACUUUGGUUUGGGCUUUUUCACUGUAAUUAAUUGAUGAAAGCCCUUUAGAAACAGACAUGCUAAUUAGAAAACCUUCGAUUUUAGUUCACAAAGCUUUUGCAGUCCUAUUUCCUUGGAUUAUGAAAAUUUAUUCAUGAAGAUAAUUUAAAAAUUUGUGGUCAUAUUUUAUAUUCAUUAAGAUUCUUGACCAAAGACUGAUACAGGGAAAGUACAGCACAAACAACUCUGGAAUCCAGUAUUUGUAAAUACAGAUUUUCAUCUCAAAAUCUCAUUGCAGCAAAUCUUCACAUAGAGUGCAUAAUUUUUGCUGUUAUCUCUUUUGUGCCAAGGAAGUGUAUCCUGCGAGCUAGAGUGAAAUACUUGUACUGAAAACCACGAGGAGAAUGAAAUACAGAGAAGUAAUCUGGUUUGCAAACAAUUCGUAGACAAUCUGCUUGCACACACUCUUGGCUGUGAGACAGCAAGUUAGCAAGUAGACAGGUGAUCCUAGUCUUCCAUAAAAUCUGUUGUUAUGCUCUGGAAUAUAUGGCAAUUGGGUUAUUUUACAAGGAUUAUAAUCACGUAGGCUCCAUUAAGCUGCCACUAAAGUAAACAAUUCAUGGGAGCUAAAUAAGAAAGAAUUUAUACAUACAUGUAGUGCUAUAACCCUGUAUUACUCCUAAGCUAUACAGCCUUGUGAAUUUCAUGCAGUGAAUUAUGUUUAUGGAAACUAUAUAUUUCUUUUUAGUAAAAGGACAGGUUUCAGAUGUAUCAGUUAAAAAAAGAUUGCAUCGCCUAACUGAACAUCUGGUGAUAUGGAAACUACUAAAGUCUUGCUGAACUUAAUCAUUUAUCAUCUCUUCUCAUGUUUCAGCAUAAUCAAAAUACUUGUUCCUGAAAUAUGAACUAAUGAACCUUUCUUUCAGCACUUUGAUGUAGAAGAACUAAUAUUACCUACACAAAGUAAAUGCUAUGCUAGUAUUUCACUGUCACACAAAGUGCACUUUUGAAAUUGUGACUAUAGCAUUUGUUUUAAUAGAGCAGUAUACCAAUUUAGGAUGAUGCCUACAGAGGCCCUGAUUUUAAUUUCAUGAUUUUACUGUAAAUCAGAGGUGGCAUUUGCCUAUGUCUCAGUCCUAGAACGUGCCAGUGGUCACCACUGAGGGAGGAAGGUGGAAGCAGCUAAUGGCUAGUAGAACUUCCAUAUGUAAAGUGAGAGUAAAAUAUGCUCUCCAUGGCUUUUCUUUCCAGUUCAUCUCCAUCCUGCAGUCCCUCUCUUACACUGACAAGUGUUCUUCUCUUCCUAUCUCACCUCCAUCCCUUUGUGCUUUGGAUGCCAAUUUUAAAUUUUGCCUGCAUUACUGAAAAUCCUCAAUGGUUUGGUUAAGAA